AUGACGCAACAUCUGAAAACUCUAAAUGACGCCAUACAAGUUCGGGCAUCGGAGGAUAAGGAGGCGCGUAUUGUCAUCCAGUAUCUCAACUUCAGAAUCAAGACUUCAACGAUGCUUAAGGGCAUCUGGAUUAAAUGGCAGCCUCCAUUCCCUCCCAAGGUUAAACUGAAUGUUGACGGCUCAAUGAAGGAAGAAUUUUGUUCAGGUGGUGGCGUGGUUCGCAUCUCUACUGGAAACGUGGUUCAAGGAUUUUCUCACUUUUACGGCAAAGGAUCUCUUCUGUUAGCAGAAGCUCAAGCUAUAUUAGAUGGGUUGAUUAUAUGUCAGGAAUUAGGAGUCGAAGAAUUGAUUUUUGAAUCAGACUCAAAGCUCGUAUUAGACAUGAUACUUAACAAGGCUACCGUGGCAUGGGAGAUUCACUACAUUAUAACUUGCAUUCGGCAGCUUCUUAAAGACUCUUGGGGUGGUCAACAUGUUUAUAGAGAGGCAAAUGGUGUAGCCGAUGAAUUAGCUAAGCUGGCUCAUGAUCAUAAGGAGAAGAAACGGUAUUCAGCAGCCUCUUUCAACUCUGUAGUGGUGGAUGUUUGUUUAUUUGCAAUAGUAACCGGUUUUGGGGCCUUUUAG